AUGCCUUGCCUUUUAAGCACUCUUUCCUUCCUCGCAAUUCCAAACUUUACACUUCUCUACUCCCCCUCGCUCUCAAUCGUUCCUGUGUCCUCCGUCUCUCCGUCUCCCAGGCGAGGAGGAGAGCAUGCCUCUAUGUCCACGGAGAGGGAGAGACUCGACGAGAUCGGUAAGAAGAUCAAGCGAGAGCCGGACCCCGCCUCCGCCAUCGCGGGCGUCGUAGUCGCCGUCUCACAGACCGAGCACCACGUCCCUCGCCGCCUAGGCCUCGUUGGCCCAGGCAUCGGCGGCGCCGCGAACAUAGCGACCCCGUGCGCCGCGUGCAAGCUCCUCCGCCGGCGCUGCGCGCACGAGUGCCCCUUCGCCCCCUACUUCUCCCCGCACGAGCCCCACAAGUUCGCCGCCGUCCACAAGGUCUUCGGCGCCAGCAACGUCUCCAAGAUGCUCCUGGAGGUGCCCGAGCCGGAGAGAGCCGACGCGGCGAGCAGCCUGGUGUACGAGGCGAACCUGCGGCUGGGCGACCCGGUGUACGGCUGCAUGGGCGCGAUCUCCAUGCUGCAGCAGCAGGUGAACGCGCUGGAGGCCGAGCUGCAGGCCGUCAGGGCCGAGAUAUUCAAGCACAGGUACCGGCAGACCGGCAUCGGCGUCGGCGUCGGCGCGGCAAACCUCAUUGUCGACGACGACGUCAGUGCCGCCGCAGCCGGCGGCUUCAUGGCUCCUGCCACGUCGCUGGUGCACACCGCUGGCGUGGUGUCCGUGGCGGAGGCCGGCCAAGAAGUGGACACAAUGCCGUCGACGGCCACGGCGUACGCUGCCGGACAGCCAUCGAGCACCGACUACAGCUCCCUCGACACAAGUGAGCAUGAUGCAUACUUUGGUUGA